AAUUGUAUCCAGUGUAGCUUACAAAAAUUCAGUAACUAAAUUGGUCCCUUUCUCCCUCCUUCGCUUUCGUGUUCCUUUCUAAUCUUUCUUCCCCUCAAAACAAAAACCCCAUCAAUCAACUCAGAUUCCUUUCCUUCACAAACCAGCAACCCCGGCGCACGAUAGCACCAUCGCUUCCGUUUCACGACUUGCUUCACUUUCUCUUCCACCAUUCGAACCAAACUCCCUCAGAUUUUCAUUUUUCUCUGUUCUCUCUGUUUCUCUCUCUCUCUCUCUGAACCAAACGGAGGAUCUGUCAUCUGAGCCUCACACUGAGUCGGAGAAGGAUUUACACAUAAAAGCUUUGUGAUCGACGCUCUCUGUUGAUUGCUAGGCUGAUACAGGAAUCAGGCAGAUCAAAUAUUGGCUUGUGGGCGCAUUACCGUGAAAAUUCAUCAAUGUACAAACGCACUCCUUCAAGAGAAUACUCAAACAUGGAAGAUGUGGAAGAAAACUCAGAUCUUUUAGGCAACGGCUUGGAUAAGGGAACCUCAAAUCCUUCAUGGAAGCUUUCUUUACCGCAUGUUCUUGUGGCGACCAUUUCUUCAUUCCUAUUUGGAUACCAUCUCGGAGUAGUUAAUGAACCGCUUGAGAGUAUUUCUACAGAUCUUGGGUUCAGGGGAAAUACCUUGGCAGAAGGUCUGGUGGUAAGCAUAUGUCUUGGUGGUGCCUUGAUCGGAUGCCUACUGAGUGGCUGGAUUGCUGAUGCGGUGGGGCGGCGUAGGGCUUUCCAGUUGUGUGCUGUGCCAAUGAUAAUUGGUGCUUGUAUGAGUGCAGCAACAAACAACUUGUUUGGCAUGCUAGUAGGAAGGCUAUUUGUUGGGACUGGCCUGGGCCUUGGCCCUCCUGUUGCCUCUCUGUAUGUGACAGAGGUUUCUCCUGCUUUUGUGCGGGGUACAUAUGGGGCCUUCAUCCAGAUUGCAACAUGCCUUGGUCUUAUGGGAGCUUUAUUUAUUGGAAUUCCUGCCAAAGAAAUUUCUGGAUGGUGGCGGGUUUGUUUCUGGGUAUCUACCAUUCCGGCAGCUAUACUUAUUGUGGCUAUGAUCUUCUGUGCAGAGAGUCCGCAUUGGUUAUACAAGCAAGGAAGAACUUCUGAAGCAGAAGCUGAGUUUGAGAGGGUUUUGGGUGUAUCCGAAGCAAAAUUUGCAAUAUCUCAGCUAUCCAGGGCAGAUAGAGGAGAUGACACUGAGACUGUGAAGCUCUCCGAAUUACUUCGUGGUCGCCAUUCUAAAGGUGUUUAUUUUUCCUGCUUUAUCCCUAGGAUAGUUGUGGGUGUCAGUCAUUGUUGUUAUCUUGUCGCUGGUUUCUUUAGGUUUCCAAAAGUUAUCUUUUAUUCACGAGUUCAUUUUGCAGUUGUUUUUAUUGGAUCAACCCUAUUUGCUUUACAACAGCUAUCUGGUAUAAAUGCUGUGUUUUAUUUCUCUUCAACUGUUUUCAAAAGUGCUGGAGUGCCAUCAGACAUUGCAAACGUCUGUAUAGGGAUUGCUAAUUUGGCAGGAUCUAUCGUUUCUAUGGUUUUGAUGGAUAAGCUUGGAAGGAAGGUCCUACUCUUUUGGAGUUUCUUUGGCAUGGCAAUAUCAAUGAUCCUUCAAGCCACAGGAGCAAGUUCACUUGUAUCAAACAUGGGGCCUCUGUACUUUUCUGUUGGUGGCAUGUUACUGUUUGUCUUAACAUUUGCUCUCGGGGCUGGCCCAGUUCCGGGUCUCCUUCUACCUGAAAUCUUUCCUGGUCGAAUCAGAGCCAAAGCCAUGGCAAUCUGUAUGUCAGUUCAUUGGGUCAUAAAUUUCUUUGUUGGAUUACUGUUCUUGCGUUUGCUGGAGAAACUGGGUCCACAGCUGCUUUACUCUAUGUUCGCUACCUUUUGCAUCAUGGCUGUCAUUUUUGUAAAAAGAAAUGUGGUGGAAACCAAAGGGAAAUCACUUCAGGAAAUUGAGAUUGCACUUCUUCCCCAGGAGUAGAGCUUCUUGUGAAUCUCAAUUCAUUGCUGUAAUUUUGCAUAGUUUGUGGCUUUGUGCAAUCGUAGUUUCAGCUAUGAGCAGCAGGUUGUGUUCAUUCUAUCUUGGUACAACUUAUUAUAGUACAAGGAGAAGCUCAAGGCAGAAACUGUGCAUUGUUUUAGUGGAACAACAGUAUGAAGAGGCUUAGUGAAAUAAGAUAGCAAGUUGUGGUGGAGAUGAUGUAUACCUUCGCGGCUUAGUACACUAUUCUAGUAUCUUCAGUUUUAGACUCAUGGUCUCUCUAAUUUUGUGUCCAUGUAGAGGAAAACAUGUUCACCUGGAAAUCUGUUCCAUAAUGUUAAAACGUACUGUAUGUAAUAUAUUUCUGUGUCUGUAGGUGACAUUUUUUAACCUGGGCUCAUCAUGUUAUCGGAGUCCUUAUAUCAAUCAUAUUACUCUGGACAUAUUAAUCUCUAUAAAAGGGAAUGAUGUGAUUGGAUUUGUGA